AUGUUCAUUGAUAUCAGGGCCUGUGUCAAGGAGCCUGGCGCGGUGCUUUUUCCAACGGCUAUGAGUCUCAUUGCCGGUGGAAGAGGUCGCCCGCAUAUGUUCAACUUCGUCCUUGCAAGCGCGAAUUCCCUGUCAUGCUGCGGGAUGUGUCUCGCACGACUAAUUUCUUCGCCUGCCUAUGACUCUGUUGCGGAUGGCGUUGUUGCGGGGCGCAUCAUCUUGGACCGCAGAGCGCUGAAGCAGGCUUUGCGAACCUCUGGAUACCCAACGCGGCGGGCAUUCAUCGAGAAGCUCGACAUCUGUGGUUCAACCUAA